AUGCAGCAACCAAGUAAAACAUAUAUGCAAGAACUAGAUGAAACUUAUAUGCAACAACCAGGUAAAACUUAUAUACAACAACCAGGUACAAAUUAUAUACAACAAGUAGAUGAAACUUACAUGCAACAACCGGGUAGUGAAGCUUAUAUACAACAAGUAGGCAAUGAAGCUUAUGUGCAACAAGUAGGCUAUGAAGCUAUAUACAACAA